UCGACAGCAUCGAUACUUUCUUUCCGAGGAGUGAGUGAUAAGUACCUGCCACGUCUCUUUCUUGCUCGUCAUUUUUGAUAAUAAAUAAUCAAAUUUACAUAAAAUAGCUAAGUAAAAUGGCUCCACCACAAAAAGGCAAACAAGCCACGAAAGGCGCUAAACAAAUCGUUGAGGAGAACAAAACAACAUUAGCGUUUUAUAGGAAUAUGUCUAUAGGAUGCGCAGCACCUGCAAUCCUGCUGAGUUUUCUGCUGUUCGAGAUCACAAAACUCACAGUGUUCAUGCUGGCCGUGUCGCUGCUUAUCUUGGGUGCUGCGUACCAAUUUAUGGUAUUCAUGUCCCGUGCUAAAUACUCAGAAACGGGUGCUCUACUUGACUCUGGGAACGACCUGAAUAUGGAAGGCGGCAUUGCUGAAAACGUCAAGGACCUUAUCAUUCUUACGUCAGGCACCCUACUGCUGGCCCUGAUUUCCAACUACUUCUGGUUCCUACUUUUAUUGGCGCCUUUUCGUGCGAUUUGGAUGCUUUGGGGCUCCGUUAUUCAACCUUGGUUGUCGCAACGUAACGCUAACGAAGAACCCGAGGUGGAUGAGAAGAAACAACGAAAACUGGAUCGCAAGAUGCGUCGCAUGAGAUAAAAUCUGGAACAUGGAUUUAUAAUUUGCAUUCAUUUGCUGGGCACAGGUUGUAGUCAUCAUCGUCAUUCACUGGUUUAAGCUGCAUUCAUUUCAUACUCUCACGAGGCGGCUUUUUAAGUUCCCAUUUAACUUUAGUAUUGAGAUUUUACGCUUAGACAGCUUGAUCCAUUAGGAGAUCAAUACAAAAAUGUGACGCGGGUUCCAAAUUGGUUUGUUUUUGUCAGAUUAAAAAACCGAGACAACUGUCUCUAGUCAAAGAAAA